AUGUCACGUCAAAUGUCUGACGAUCCCUAUGGACCAUCUCGUCAUCAUGUAACUCUUCAAUCGCAUCAAUCAUCGAAUAGUUCAUCUAGACGAAAUAUACCUCCAGCACCAAGAGAUUUUGCUUCUCAAUCUACCUUUCAAUCCCAUCCGCAAAGAAAUAUUGCGUUUCCUCCUUCUCAUUCUUCUCAUCACUAUCAUGGAGAAUAUUCAGACUCCGAUGGAUAUCCAAAUUCAAUAAGAUUAUCAUCCAAUCGUAUGAACAAUGUAUAUGACAAUCAACCGGAUCGACCAUAUCGAUUAGAACCUCCUCCUAUGCAUUCGCCUGUACGUCAUUCUCAAUCAUAUCAUGCUGACCAUCAAAAUCUUUCGCAUUCAUCUAAUCGUCAUUAUUUUAAUAGUCAACACCCAUCACCAGACUAUUCUUUGGCUUCUCAAGUAUAUCGUCAUGAUCAAAAUUAUCCAACAUAUGAAAGAAAUUCUGAUCAAUAUGAUCGAAGAUAUCAUCGAGAAGAAACUCAUCCCUCCCAAUCCUAUCCACUACAUUCAACUUUUUUUGGCGAACAUAGUUCACCCUUCCGCAAUGAUGAUGUUGAUCGUUCAACUUUAGAUCCAAUGAGUCUAUUUGCUGCUGCAUUGAUGAUGGGAAGGCCUGAUGUUUUUACUGCUCCUGGUGCUCUUCAUAUUCACUUUGGGGACCUAUUCGAUUUACUUCCUCGUGGUGAGCCACCUUCCGUUGGUCUAUGUGACAAUGAUAUCGAACGUUUACCUACGAUGGCCUAUCGAAAAACAAGUAAAUCGAGCUCCACUGACGAGAAAUGUGCAAUUUGUUUAAGUGAAUAUAAAACUGGUGAAAUUGUCAAACGUUUACGAUGCAAACAUUUCUUUCAUCCCGAAUGUAUUGAUCCAUGGCUAAAGACAUCAACGCAAUGCCCAAUCUGUCGUCGUCAACAAACUGAUUAA